ACUUUGGCCACUUUUAGGUUAACAAUGCCAUUUCCAGGCGUGGUUUGUCCGUUUUUCGGAAAUCAUCUAAAAUUAUGGCCCAGUUCAACUGUUUCCACCGGCCUCCAGCAAACCCAAGACCAAGAGCGUGGAGGAGAGCGGCGGACCGCCAGCUGGUAGGCGAUGCCAGGCCCGGCGCCGCGUUGGCGGAGGCUGCAGGGGGUGGGGUCGUGUGGAGACGGGCAGCUCAAGUCUUCCUCUCAUUGGUCCGAGAACCUCGGCGCAGUCUCCAACCAGAGGCGCCUGCGUCAUCCCGUCGCGGGGCGAGGCGCCGUCCGCGGAAAUUUGAAAUGGCUGGCGGGGAGCUGGCAGAUGGCUGGCUGUGGUCGGAGGCGAUGGCACCGGGCCCGGAGCGCAGAGGCCGGGCGGCCGAGGAGGAGCCGGCGCCCCUCGAGAAAGGUCAUAGAUGUGGACUAUGUGGCCUUGAAGGCGGUGGUGAGCCUCGCUGACCCGUACCUCUGUGACUCUCCAGUGAGCACUUUUACCUUGGAGUGUAUGCAAGAGCUCCUCGAGCUGAAGGAGCAGCGGCUGCCCCUGCAGGAGCUGUGGGUGGUUUUUGAUGAUUCUGGAGUAUUUGACCAGACAGCACUUGCAAUUGAGCAUGUCAGGUUUUUUUACCAAAACAUUUGGAGGAGUUGGGAUGAAGAAGAGGAGGAUGAGUACGAUUAUUUUGUCAGAUGUGUUGAACCUCGAUUGAGAUUGCAUUAUGACAUCCUUGAAAACCGAGUUCCUUCGGGACUUAUUGUUGACUACCGCAAUCUCUUGUCUCAAUGUGAAGCGAGUUACAGGAAAUUUUUAAAUCUGAGAAGCAGUUUGUCAAACUGUAGCUCUGAUUCUGAGCAGGAAAACAUCCCCAUGGUGGAAGGGUUAAAAUUGUAUUCAGAGAUCGAACAGUUGAAACAAAAGCUAAAACUCAUUGAGAAUCCUUUGUUGAGAUAUGUGUUUUGUUAUCAGAAGAAUUGUAAUGUCCAAGCAAAGGGCGUCCGUCCAAAUGGUCAGAAGGUCACCCAUGUGGUUGCCUGCACCAUGAUGACUGGUCUGCUGUGGUCCCUGCUCAGGGACAGGCUUUGUCAGGAGCCUAGUAAGGAAGCAAUAGAGAUUCAGUUCCAUGGUGAUCCAUUGUCUGCUAUAAAUGCCUGCUAUGAAGGUGACACUGUUAUUGUUUGUCCUGGCCAUUACGUGGUACAUGGCACAUUCUCCAUUGCUGACUCCAUUGAGUUGGAAGGAUAUGGUCUACCAGAUGAUAUUGUGAUAGAAAAGAGGGGCAAAGGAGACAUUUUUGUGGAUUGUACGGGCACAGAUAUUAAAAUCUCAAGCAUAAAAUUUGUUCAGCAUGAUGCUGUAGAAGGAAUCUUAAUCAUUCACCAUGGCAAGACGACGUUGGAAAACUGUGUACUGCAGUGUGAAACUACAGGGGUCACAGUACGAACAUCAGCAGAACUUUUAAUGAAGAAUUCAGAUUUAUGUGGUGCAAAGGACUUCUUAGAUGAGCAUUAUGACAUUUCCAAAAUAUCCAUGGUGAAUAAUGUCAUACACAAUAAUGAAGGUUAUGGCAUUAUCUUGGUGAAACCUACAAUUUUCUUUGACCUGCAAGAAAGUGUCCAAGAUGAAACUGAAGAAAAUAAUGCACUUAAAAUUCAGACCAGUGAAGAGGCGAGUGCAGCUGAAAGAGUGGAACUAGACAAGCUGAUUCAAUGUGCAACUGGUAAAAUGGAGCUUUAUGCAAGAUCUGACCUUUCUGAGCAAGUUGAAGACAAUUGUGAAAUUGUAAAUUACCUAGUUGCAGCCUCCACACAGAAGGGCCAGAUGAAGAAGAAAAGGUUGAGUGAGCUGGGGAUCAUGCAAGCUGAUGACAACUUGAUGUCACAGGAGAUGUUUGUUUCGAUUGUGGGGAACCAGUUCAAGUGGAAUGGGAAAGGGAGUUUUGGCACCUUUCUUUUCUGACCACUAUGAUAUAAAUAGCAAAAUACUGGAUUUUGCAUAUGCUGCCCCAAGAAUCACUGCUGCUGUCAUAGGUCGCUUCAUGUCUCUAUUUUAUAUUUGAUAUAUUCGAUUGGACUUGAGUGAAAUGUAGAUUUCUGUCUGCAGGUGUUGCAUAUACAAAACUCCAUCUUUAUAAGGAAGGCUAUAAAAACAUAUAAUAUGGAAAAUAUUUAGAGAUUUCUUCCUAGAAAGUCUUGCUUUCUCAAACAUGUAGUUCUCUCAUAUUAAGCCCGUUAGUUACUGUAGUGUAAAUACAUUUUAAUCUAGCACUUCAGAGAGGAGGAAAAAAGAGGGAAUGCAAGAUGAGUGCACAAAAAUGUGAUAGGUGUUAAAUGUACAGAGUUCUUACAGUUGUCUUUUUAUCCCAAUUACAGCGAGUCUGAUUUCCGUGUUAUAUUUGCAUAAUACCUGUCUUAAAAUAAAAGCUUUUGUGCUUGGGAGGUUAUCUGCCUAAUCAGUCUUCCGGAGAAUCUGAGUGGGAUGCAUUUUUAUGCUGAACUGUGUAAUCAUCAAAACAGUGAUGGAUAGCAUUGCAGGUGUGAAACAGAAGUGAGGUGUGUAUUCAGAGCCAGUGUGCACGCAGAGCACUUUACUGUUGCUGAAUACGAAUGAUUAAAAAGAGGGGUCAUUCCUUUUGCCAUAACAGUAUUCUGAUCAAAUUUCUUACACAGUCAAAAUGAUUACCUAUAUAACCUAUAUCAGCUCUGUGUUCUUGAUAUCAUAUUGUAAAACACAGCUUUAAAAAAUAUUUAUAUUAAAAAUAUGUGAUAUUAAUAUGCCUACUGAUUAAAAUUAUAGUGAUGAAAUAAUAAAUUGAAUCUUGUAUUUUUCCAAAUA